UUUCCACCAAUGUUCACUACGUAGCACCGGGGCGGGCUCCUCCAGUCGGUUCACUGAUCACUCCCCGGUUCCCUUCCAGCAGCUCCAUCGAUGGCACCCUCCUGAAACCGCUAGCCGGAAAACCACCAUGCAAAUAUACACAAAGCAGCUUAAGUUUCGGAUUGAUUCGUUGAUUAUAGAAAUUUCGUAAACAUGCGAGUCUCCCCGAAGCUGUGAAAAGGCGCGAGAGAGGAUAGCACAGAAGAAAAUAAACGGAGACCGAUCGGAUUCAAGCGUUAACCUCACUGGAACGCUACGGAGAUGCCUGAGGUGCGGGACCUUUCCGAAGCUUUGCCAGAGAUGCCCAUGGACCCAAUCACUGGAGUCGGGGUAGUAGCCUCCAGGAACAGGGCGCCCACUGGAUACGAUGUGGUCUCUACGACGACAGACGGCCUGGAUGCUGACCUGUGGAAAGAUGGCCUUUUCAAAUCCAAGGUGACCCGCUACCUCUGCUUCACAAGGGCCUUCUCUAAAGAAAAUAGCCAUUUAGGCAAUGUUCUUGUGGACAUGAAGCUGAUCGAUAUCAAGGACACUCUGCCUGUGGGUUUCAUCCCGAUCCAGGAGACUGUUGACACUCAGGAGCAGGCCUUCAGGAAGAGGCGACUCUGCAUCAAGUUUAUUCCACGGGACUCCACAGAGGCAGCAAUCUGUGACAUCCGCAUCCUGGGACGCUCUAAGCAGGCCCCGCCGCAGUACACCUUCAUAGGAGAGCUCAACAACAUGGGAAUCUGGUAUCGCAUGGGGAACGUACCUCGGGCCCAGGACUCCACACACACACCGACCACCAACAACAUCCAGAAUGUGAACUCCAACACAGCCCCAGUCCCAGUUGCUCCGAUGCCCAAACAUAUUUCCAUGACGCUCCCAGCCAGCUUCAGAGGGAAGAACACCACCAGACCAGACUACGAGCACCAGAACUCCAACCUGUAUGCUAUCUCAGCAAUGGACGGAGUGCCUUUCAUGAUCUCUGAGAAAUUCGCCUGCGCGUCAUCCGAUCUGCAGCAGGUGGAUCUGAUGGGCAUUACAAUCAAGUCAUUGGCUGAGAUUGAAAAAGAGUAUGAUUACAGUUUCCGCACAGAGCACAGUGCAGCAGCUCGCCUCCCUCCCAGUCCCACACGGACCUCCCUGAGCUCUGAGGCCUGAGGAUCCCCUUAGCAGCAGAGACCUGUACACAACUACUGAGGACCUGCUUACAACAAACAGUCCCUGAGAAGAAAAAAAAAAAACUACAAAAAUGAUUUUUCCCAACCUUUGGAAGAUGUCAUUGUCUCUAAGUGUUCGUUGUUCUGUUGAAUUGUAAAGGAAAGUGAAAGACUCUACCUACAACAACUGAUGAGCUAGCUUCUAAGAGGAGAUAGAAAAAACUGACCUUUCUUGCUCAAGAGAAAUGGAAGGAAUCUCACUCAUAUGAUUUUAAAAUACAUUUUCUUUUCUUAAAGAAGAGUGUUGUUGCCUGCAAUACAAAUAACCACGUCCGACCUGAAGGACUUGUUACAAACAAGAUGUCAUCACGUCUGCAUCAUUGGCCCGACUCCCGGCACCAUAAAUCAUCCCGUUCAUGUGUUGGAAAUACAAAAGGAAAUAUCAUGUUAGCAGGAUUUAUUUUUCUUUUUUUUUUUCAAGCUUGUACUGCUUUUUUUGAAUGGGAAUGAUUCUCCUUGUUCUCUUGAUGUUACUGUUAAUAUACUGGCGUGACUGAGUGCACUUUGUGUUUGGGAAUUUCAGUGUGCUUCCUGUUUGCCACAGGUAUUCUGUUAAGCACUCCUCCACUGUCUGUACACGAGCCGAGCUCGGCUUCGAUAUAGAACCACUGUUACUGUUAAUAGGUUACACUGCCGGACCUCACAUACCACUAUUCCUAUGAUCUGUUUUCAACUAUUACGAAUGGAUCGUGAGGGCUGGGUAUCAUUUGAGUUUUGGUACCAAUACCAUACUUUAAAAAGAUACUUUACUUUUAAUUACUAACAUAUAAACAUGUUCAUGAGGAACAGCUGGUUUUAUCUUAAACACUUCUCGUGUUCAGUGUAUUACAUUUCUUCAGUGUCUUUCCCUUCCAUCCAGCUCAAUCUCUCUACAACUUACAAUGUCCAAUAAGAGUCACUUGUGUAACCAGGGUUCUAUGAGUUCUGUCUGGCUGCUAUUACACUAACUUCUGCAACUCUAUACAACUUACAGUUUACGGUCCAUGUUGAGAAUCUACUACAUUUAAAGCAUUUGUUAGCAUACAGAAAACUACAGCUCUCACUGAAACCCUCCUGAGCUUUUGAAAUUGUGAACGCGGCAACAAAAAUGUUAAAUGAACAAUAUUUAAAUUUUCUUUUUUUUUCUUUUAUUAUUGUCUUUGCCAACUGUUGACAGCUGUCAUUACUCUGUGCCACUGCCACAUUCCGGAUGGUACCACAAAGAGGUAUUGAGGUUUGAUACCCAGCCCGAGUUUCUUUACAUCAACAGAACUAUCUUCACUAUUUUGAGUUUCUUUCUUAAGUACAAUGCUAAAGGUGCUAAAUGUGAUAUUCAGAGCAUUAAUACAGCAGCAAACAACUAUUUGCUUUGUAAACAUUUAGAGGAGUAAUGUCUACCUGAGGAGAGAAUUUAGUCACUCCCGCUCUGUGUGUUGUAAUCAGAGUUUCAGAUAGCCGGGCCUGCUGAGCGUGCCCCGCUGGCUACCUCAUGACCGCCGCUCUGCAUUGGCGGCUACAGCUGAUAACUGCAUCGUCGCAGAAGUGUGCGGAGGCAAUAGAUGCUCUGGAUUUUGCAUUGAGCACCUUUACCAAACAGAUGUUGUGUAACAAAUUGUUCUUCAGGCCUGAACAAAGGCAAAGUUGUCAAGCAAAAGUGCUCUUUUCUUUUGAGUAUAUUGGUUACACGUUAAAACCUUUGUGCCUACAGUGCAUAUUUUUCCUCUGUUACAAAGCUACGUCUUUAAUUACGUCUUUUCCCACUAACCGUUUAAACAAACUCGUCUUUUAGCUUGAAUCUGUUUUAGAAGUUGGAGAACUUCAAUUUGACAUGUGAACUCAGAACCACUAGAGUACAUUACUUUGUGACAAAUUAAAAGGUCUUACCUUGGAGGGAUUGUAUCAGGAAGAGGCGUGUCCGACUCACCUCUGCUGCUUUUCUUGUUUGCCGUUUUUCUAAUUGCUGUUGAGCUACUCUCGGUGAAACUCAACACUUCCUGCAGAAGUUUCAAAUGAACAGACUACCAAUAGUGCAGAGGGCGUAAUCCUCUUCAUUCCCGGCAGGCCGUCAUGUGAGAGACCCGAUCUUACAUUCAUUGAGAGGUUACUCUUCAGUUCACUCUAAAUAGAUGUCUCUGUGUAUUUCAGUACCUCUUUUCCUUUAUGUAUAUCCAGUAUUGUGUUCAGAAGCGCCACGGAUUUUGGUGACCCUGUUUUAUUUUGCUCAUUUCCUUUCAUUUGUUUAAAGUGUCUCUGCAAUAUUACAUAAAUGCAUAGACAAACUCCUUUUUAUUUUAUAUUUUCUGUGUGUGUAAUUUAUUUGUCAUCUCAGUAUUGUGGCCAUGUUCUCCUAAAGGCUGUUUUCAGAAAUGUAACGUAUAAUGUUGUAUAUUGCACUGGCAACAUGUUUGAUGGGCUCAUGUCCAUGUGAAGCUCCGUGUAUUUGAGCUGAGUGUAUCCGCCUGCUACAUGUAUCAUUUCCCAGCUGUGGUGUUAACUGAAACAUUUAAUAGCUAACCAAUAUUGUCUCUGCAUUAACAAGUAACAAUACUGCUUUGAUAUGUCUGAGUUUGCAUGUACAGUGACAUGAGGUGUCAGGUUUCAAUAGGACAGUUAUUUUUGUAGCUUAAUGAUCAAAGGUCACAGAUUUUGUCUCAUAAAUAGAUUUUAUCCACUAAAGAAUGAACAAAACGGCAUCAGUUGAAUUUGUAUUAUAAUGAAGUUUUAUUAAACUAUGAUGAACUGGA